CGUUGUGAUGCGCGGCGUCGCGUCCCCAAAUCAAACGCGUGACGACCCCGACCGAGUGUGGUAUAGUCUCGAAGAAGCGACGACGCGGAUGGUUUCAUGGAAUCCCAAGAACGGCAGCGGGAGGAAAGCCUCUGUUCCCAAUCCCCUCCUCUCCGUUCCUCGAUCGAAGCCCUACACCUUUCUCCGAUUCCCGCCUCGCUGGGACUAGCGUUCGUCUGCGCCUCCCUUGUCCUUGUCCGAUCGCAAACCCUCAAACCUCUAUCCACCGCCAUCAAGCUCGCCGACAGCGCCAUCAAGGGCACCGAGGCCCUCCGGCUUCUCCACUCGCCUUCGCCCCAGUCGGUCUUUCUCGCCACCAAGGCCCUCGUGAAGAGCUACAAGGCCUCCAAGCUCCUCCAUCCGUCCAAAUUCCACCCUAAGAUCCCUUCCGUUGUGGCGGCGAGGCUCAAAGCUUGCCUCGGCGCCGUCAGCCUUCUCGGCUACGCGAAAUCCCCAUCCGUCGUUGAUGGUUUGCUGGGGAUAGGGUUCCUGAAAGGUGGAUACAAGGUUUCGAAGAACACUGCCAAGGUUCUCGAAGGGUUCGUGGGUUUUCAAUUGAAUUCAGCGCUCAGAGAUGGCAUCGAUGCGUUGGGACUGCUGGUUAAGGCUGCGACGGUGGGGAGAGUGAUUAAGCGCUGGUUUUCGAUUGAGUGGCGCACGAGGAAUCGGCGCGUCUGUCUCUUUCUGACAGCUGAUUUGAAGCAUGGGGUUCGAUUGAGCUACAAAAGAUUGGAUUUUGAUGGCAUUCGUGGAUGUACGAGAGUUUUCUACUCGGAGCCAUUUCCUUUAUGGGAGGCAGCUGUGAUCGGUGAGAUGGCUGUAGCUUUCCACCCGUCUGAAUUGCUUUGCUUGUCAAUUCCUGUAAAUGAGGUAAUCCCAACGAAAUCAAUGUAACUGCUGUAUAGUGGUUAUCUUGUCUGUAGUUGCAAAGUAGUCUAUGCUUAUCUUGUAUCUCAGGCUUGUAAACUUGUAUAACUGAUAACGGAAAGUUUUGCUGCAAAUUAUUUUA